AUGGAGGAGCAGCCGAAAAGUCCCAGGACUGUAAGGUGCAGAAAACAUACAGUGAUUCCGCCGAUGUCAUCGAAAUUAGUCAUAUGCACAAUAUCGGAAAAUCAGUGUCCCGAUCGAAAGCCGACUCGAGAACGUACAAACAAUAGCGCGUCGAACAGGGAUGCGGAGCAGUAUGGAACGACCUAUAGUAUCGAGGUGAAUGAGAGCGGAACAACGUCACUGUAA